AUGGCAGAGCUCGGGGAGACCUAUCUCGCUCUAGGCAAUCUUCAGCGACACGAAUCUUGCAGUCAUGAUACUCAUCGGGAUGUGCGCCGGAUCCUAAGUGAAGUUGAUACCUUUGUCACGCAGCAUAAUCUGGAUCAUCUACGAGAUGUACUACGAAAGGGUGCUCUCUUAGCAGAUGAUCCCUCAGACUUGGAGCGUGUGGAUGGACUUACUCUCGAAGAGAAAGCAAACCUGCAGGAGGCACCAGUACCCAGAAAAUCACGGAAGUUGGGCACAUCAAUAAUUUUUGCUGCUGUUCAUGGUAUCCUCUUCGGAUGGAAAUUCUUUUCGCUCUCUUUCCCCUUCACCAUCCGGACAGACGGGGAAAGCUUGGAUUUCAAGUUCGAGUCUUUUGUAGAUGUCCUCUACAUCUGCGGCGCUCUCAUUGGAACCUGCUGGGCGCCUGUUGUGAACCACGUUCGGGGCCGUCGCGGUGCAAUGCUUUCAGCAUCAACCGCAAAAGUCAUGGCUGUGAUGCUGGCUGCCGUUCUCUUUGCACUUCCUGCAUUUCCGGGACAAUUUUGGACUAUUCGUCUUCUAGACUUUAUUGCCGGUGUGGGCGAUGGAGUCGUGACUUGCACGACCCCAAUCUACUUAGCAGAGAUUUGCUCAUCGUAUAGGCGCAGCUCGCUACACCUUUGCUGGUCCGCGGCAAUAAUUGUAGGAUACAUGUUUGGCGUGGCGGACAACAUGAACAUUGAGGGAUUUCUGUUCGUGCAGCUCGUGCGGCCCGUGCGGCCCUUUCGUGAACCCGUCAGAAUCAUGGCCACUCUUCUUGUCCCGAUCUUUCUCCUGUUUGCGAACGAAUCACCCCGCUGGAAUGUGGCUCAUGGCUACAUGAAGCAGGCUUAUCAGGACCUCCGCCAAUUAGAGAAUUCAGAUAUCCGGGCUGCACGGGAACUGUCUAUUUACAACACCUAG